AUGGCAGACCCUCUUUCGAUUGCAGGCACCGCUCUAGGCGUAAUAUCCUUCGCACUGCAGGUACGGGAAGAGAUCGUGGCCUAUUGUAGGUCUUGGCGGGGAGCCCACCAGGAGAUCCAAGAUAUAGCUAGCAAGGUCGAAGGACUGGAAUCUCCCUUGGAAGCACUUCGUCAACUUAUCCAAGAGACUGAGCUCACGGACCCGCAAAUCGCAAAUAAUUUGCGAGAGAACACUGAGACUCUCCGCGAGGGUAUUGAGCGAGUCAAAACAUCCAUCGAAAAAUGCAGACCUGCCAUUGUCCCAGAAACGCUAAGCGAAAAGGUUCGUGCUCAUGGAAAAAGAGCCGCGUAUCCUUUUCGUAAAGAGGCAUUACGAGGGUUGGCCAAUGAUUUGGAUGCGAUGCAAAUCAACUUGCAUACUACUCUUCAUGUGUUUUCGGCGCAGAAUGUGCGCCUGAUUCCAUCCUUAAUUCUAAUGCAAGCGAAACUGCUGCGCGAAGUUCAAGCUAUGCACCUGGAGCUACAAGAGCUUCCCAGAAAGUCUUCUCCUCCACCGCCCGAAUUGCUUCAAUCCUGGUGCAAUACGCAGCGAGAUCUUAUACCGACUCGCCGCUCAGAGAAGGCUGCGAAGAAAUUUACUUUGCACAGCCGUCUUCUGAAUCUUACGAUCACCGCGUCAUUUUCAUUAAGCCGAGGUGCUUGGGGAUUCUCCAUUGCUCCAAGUAUCACCUUACGAGUUCCUAUUUCUCCCAAUAGCCCUGGAUUUCGCUCGUUGGGCCUAUAUCCUCUAAUGGCAAAGUCUCAACCUCCUGCCCAAUUUGUGGACAAUACAAUAAAUCUUUUGAAAUACCUCUUUGUGGAGAAGAUGGUGACGCCGUCUGAUUUGACUCAAGAAGUGCUUGACACGUCGCAUACAUUAAUACGAACCGGGUUGGAUAGCUUUAUUGGCACAGCAAAUUUUGGAUAUGAAGAAAGACAACUUCUUUCCCUUUUGAUACAACGUGGCGGUUAUUUGACCAUUAGUGGGACGUUUUACUCAGCAUUCAGCAAAGCGAACAUGUGCCGUGUCCUUGACGAGAACGAAGAAGCUGUCAAUAUGCCAGACAUUGCGAAAGCUGUGAUCUUAGAAUCAGAAGAAGAUUUGCUCGCGGUUGGUUGGGCGAGAGGAAUCCAACUAUUGCUUGAUGCAGGGUCUGAUAUGGAUAGAUAUCAAGGAAGUUCCCCUCUCAAGCUGGCAAUCCGUGGUUCUCAUCAUCAGUCUACAAAAGUCUUGCUCCAAUCGGGCUGCAAAUUGACGUUUGAUGAUAUACAAGAAUCCGAACAUCUUUCAGAUGAGGGCAAAAUAAGCACACUCCUUAUCUCCGAGCUCGCUUCUCGGCGCAGACGAUUAUUGAAACUUGCACAAGCAAAUCUGUCUCCAAAGGAACUUCUCGAGCUUGACGUUGAGGAUGAUGCAAUUCCGGAUACAACUGCAUCCAGAAUUCAUAACGCCCUGGUUGCUCGAGGAGCACGUGUCGACCCGGCGCUGCAAAUCCAGGACCCUUCGAGCUCCAUUUACCAUCACCAUUGGAUGAAGAUCGCAACGCUUGACCUGUUCUUUGAAGCAGGGUUCAAAAAUGUUGAUCUCAUUGACUCGUCAGGUCGAACCCCCCUGAUGGUGAAACCUCAAUAUUCUUCGAUGACCAGGAUCCCCAUCCAAGGGGAUCCUGGCUCAUUUGCAAAGGCGCAGAUCCUUGCAAGGUCGUCUUACCCGGAACACACUCCACAGCCCUUCACUUUUUAG